AUGAGUAGCCAAUCGGACGUUAAUGUGUUAAACACAAUUAGAAUUGUUAUUCGUGAGGAAUUGGCUGAUAUCCGCACUUCAGUUGCUAGAAUCAAUGAAAACGUUGCUAAUCAACAACAGUUUAUAAGACAGACUUUUAACGCAGACAGAACUAGUAACGCUCAUAGAGAUGUUGUUGAACAAUCUGCAAUCAAAAGACGAAUGUCAUACCUAGUAAGCCAUUCUGAUGACAGGAGCAUAAGACAUAUACCUGCAACAAUGAAUGAGGCACAUAUGGGGUUCAUACCUCGAAGAACAAAUAAGACCCCAAGUGCCACUGCAAGAAUCAAUGCAUUGAUUAACUACCUCUGGAAAAAACAAAAAGGGACAGAUGUAAAUAUAUCAGCACUAGAGCAAAAGCUUAUUUGCUUGCAGUUUCAUAUGUAUACCAGACAAUGUUGGUGUAUAAUAAAAGAUGAUGGUGUUGUGGAAGUAAACUGGGGAAAAUUAAAUUCCCAGAAAAAGUUGUACUACUCUUUGCGACUUGUGGAGUUAAUUUUCAAUAACUACAACUUCCCACUUUACGAUUGUCAAGAUCAAUGGGCUGCUUCUCUUCUUUUACAGGAAGUAAUGAAGGCUGAACGCCAAACAGAAAAAAGAAGAAAGUAUUUUUUUGAAGUUUAUGUACUUUAUUUACAAUAUCAAUCGAAAGUUUUGAGAAUUUUUAAGUUGCUUUCCUGUGAACUAUUGACUUUUUGUGGUGGUUUACUGUUUUUGAUUGACUGA